GGCUUCAUCCUGCUACCGUGAUGCUAGUCCUCAUGUCUCCUCAGUCAGUCGCUCCUCGCUGGAAGAGGCAGUUGGUAGUCGGCUGGGGUGGUGGCAGCGAUCUCGAAGCAGCAGUGUUGAAAUAGCUGUCAGCAUUGAAAUACUUGAAGGGAUAUCAUUUGCACCUGUUAAGUAGUGGUUGAAUAUGUUGAAGUGUGACCAAUGUUGAAUUGUGACCAGUGGUUGUAACUGUUGAACUGUGACCAGUGUUGAAUUGUGACCAGUGUUGAAUUGUGACCAGUGUUGAAUUGUGACCAGUGUUGAACUGUGACCAGUGUUGUACCAUGACCAGUUGUUGAAUCUGCUUAAUUGUCAACUGGGCAAAACUGAUGGAUAGUGAUAAUAGUGGCAACAGAUGAUAAUAAUAUAAUAUCUGCAAAGAUGAAAUAGUGACUUUGGCUGCAGUGACUGGAAAAGGAAUUUGUUUAAAAAAUAUUAAUAUUGACUUGAGUUGUGAAGAAAUGGUAUAAUCCUUGACACUGUGAUAGUGGUGAACAACUCAGACCUCACGGGACAUCUGUAACUGACAGCCUAAAUACCUUUUGUGAAUAUGACCCGAAGGAUUAUUAACUUACCCAGUCAACGCUGAAAGCAUCUGGUGAGGGCAUGGAAGAAUGGCCGAUGACCAUUUUGAGCGGAUGGACUCUCAGGACUAUACAGACAUCCAUGGAAGACCAUAUAUGAAUUCAGAAAGAAACUCAGACUAUGUGGUGAGGCAGGAUGGGUAUCGCAACAUUCUCCUGUGUGCCACCUUUGUCCUUGAACUUCUCAUCCUCACCUUCGUCAUCGUGUUGGAGUACUUUCUCAGAUGGACAGACAUCUUCCCGCUCCGCAGGCAGAACUUUUCCUGUACAGAUCCUGAAAUCUCUUGCUCAAAGGAUGCCAGAGCCCUAAUGGCUGACUUUGCCUUCAAUGCCCAGGUUCCAAAUGAGUGUUUUUACGCUCUCAGCUUCUGUGUACCACCAUUUGUUGUGUUAAUCGGCGAAAUUGGGAUGUACACCUUCAGUUCCGAGCCCCAGAAGCCGGUGAGACUCCUCAGCAAACACUGUACUAUGCCGCAGGUCUGUCGCCGUCUGCUGCGAUUUAUAGGAGUGUUUCUGUUCGGAGCCUUUGCACUGAUGGUCUUUGUGGACAUCAUUAAGGUGGUCGUGGGCCGUCUACGCCCCGACUUCCUGGAAGUGUGUCAGCUGAACCACACCCGCUGCGUCACCACCGGUGGGGACGAGAUGUGUCUCAACACAAACAAGUUCGACCUCAGGGAGGCCAGGACGUCAUUUCCCUCCCUGAAUGCCUCCUUGACGUCCUACUCAGCCAUAUUUAUAGCUAUCUACAUCCACGGUGCCAUGCGGGCACACACAGUUCGCAUCCUGCGUCCGUUCCUGUCUCUCAUCUUUAUAAUGCUGUCUCUCCUGUGUGGCCUCACUGAGUACGUCCUAUGUCGCAGCCACUGGACCGACGUGGCCACGGGCUUCGCCAUGGGACUGGUACUGGCUCUGUACAUUGGCAUCGCUGUGUUGAACCACUUCCAGGAGAACCUGUCCCACCUGAGGCUGAUGCACAUCUUCAACUCCUACCUGUCUGACAACUACUAUUCAUUAGAUGACAAAUACCAUUCCCGAUUCACUGACUUCCCCUCCCUCCAUAUUCCGCGUGCGCACAUGCCGCCACGGCUGUCCGACUCCAGCGACGGCAAGUACCGACGUCGCCCCCCUCACAACACGUUUCAGCGAGACCUCACCCACACUGUGGAGAACUUCCGCCGGAACUCCUACAUGCAGGGAUCCUCGUCUCACAUGUGACUAUG